AUGCAAUAUCCCUCAAAUGGAACGUACCAUGACGCCACUUUUAUGAGAAGCAAUGAGAAAAGUUUCUUGUACAACGACUUGAAAAAUCAAACGCUACGCGUGGUUUUUCCCACCAUUGAGCCUCCUUACGUGAACUAUGCAAAUUUUUCGGACGACGCCGUCGCUGAGAAAGGCUAUGGGCCAGGAGUUGUGAUGGAAAUUUUAAAGGAAAUUGGACGCCGCUUGAAUUUAACGUAUGAGAUCAUUCCGUCCGAGGGAACUUCAUGGGGAGAAUUUAUAAAUGGCACGUGGACUGGAGCAUUUGGACAGCUGAAACGAGGGGAGGCUGAUAUAUUAGCGGGAGCAGCAAUAAUCGAUUAUGAUCGGAGUAUGCUCUGUGAUAUGACCUAUCCGUUUCAGUUUGAGCCAACGGGAAUCAUGAUCAGAUAUCCCGAAAAGUAUGAAGAUGACACUCUACUCAUCGUCACUGAACCAUUUUCGUGGACCGUUUGGUUUAUAACCGCCGUUGUGAUAUUUGUGUCAGCUUUGAUAUUCUUGGCAAUGACGACGAUUUUAAGAAGGGUUUUUGGUGAAAUGCAUGUGACACUGUUUGAAUCCACCUGGGUUUUCUUCUCCAUAUUUGUGCAGCAAGGUCUGCCCCAACAGCCUAGGUCGUGGAGUUGCCGCGUCCUUAUCGGCCUAUGGUGGCUUGCAAGCAUCACUCUGAGUGCAACAUUCACGGGGAGCCUCGUUGCACUUUUUGCGGUAGAGAAAACCAAUCUACCAUUUCAAAACAUUGAUACAUUGGUUCGGUCGGUGAAGCAAGGGAAAUUUGAAAUUGUGAUGGAUGGCAAUUCGUUCACAAGAACCGAAAUGAUUGCGCGCUCGAAACUUCCUGUAUAUCAAGAAUUGUGGCAUGAAAUUCUUGUCAAUCACAAAGUCAAAUACGUGGAUGGAAUUCAAAAAGGGGUCGAGUUUGUUCGAGCAAACUCUGGGUAUGCUCUUUUGGGGCCAAUGGCCACGCUAAGGUUCUACGUGUACUCCGAUUGUAAAGUGCUCCUUCUGAAUGAUGGAAUCCUGCCGGUGUACUUAUCUAUCCCGUUGGCGAAAAAUUCAAAAUACACUUCGUAUUUUUCAACAAAAAUUCGUGAAAUGGUUGAACGCGGCUUCACAGAGAAGUGGAUAUCAGAUUACGAAUCAUACGUGGCUACCCAAAGAAUUAAUGAAUGUAAUUCAACAACGCCAGGUCCCAAAAGUUAUUUGGAUUUGAAAAGAGCUCAAGGUGCAUUUUGGGUCCUUCUCGCUGGAACUAUUUUGGGAAUUGUGCUGUUCAUUGGAGAGUUUCUGCAUCAAUUAUUUUAUAAACACAUUUUCAAGCGCUAUUGGCGCUCCAAUAACGAAUCAUCGACCACACCGCCGUCGAUCCACAACAUUACAACUCCGGAAUGCAGCUCGUCAGAAGCGUCGAAUGAAACAGAAGGCAAAAUGAUUGCUCGAUAUCUCAUAUUAUUUGGACUGUUUAUUACAAUUUCCUACUCAUUUCGUACUCAAUCAACUGGGGUCAAAGGCAAAUUGAUGUGCGGUAACAAGCCGGCUAACGGGGUGCAGCUGACCCUCUAUGACGAGGAUAAUGGACCUAACCCGGAUGAUAAUCUUGACCGACAGUUGUCGAAGGACGACGGCUCCUUUUAUCUUGCCGGAAGCUCCAUGGAGCUUACGCAGAUCGACCCGGAACUCAGAAUUUAUCAUAAUUGCAACGAUAAAAAAACGACAUGCAAGAGGGAAUGGAUUAUUAGGAUACCCAGCAAGUACAUUACUGAUGGACCUGAACCAAAAGAAAUUAUGGAUCUUGGAACAAUGAACUUGGAGAUGAUAGCAAAAAUUUGCAUUCUUCUGGCCGUGUGUACUCUAGUAAUAACUGGCGAGACAGACAAGCAGCACACUGGAAAGCAGAGUUACAAAGUGAAAGGAAUUUUGAAAUGUGGUCACGUACCAGCAAAGGGUGUUCUCGUCAAAUUGGUUGAUGAUGACUUUGGACCCGAUCCGGAUGAUGAUCUUGGCCGCGGGUAUACCAAUGCCGAUGGCGCUUUCGAACUUAAUGGAAACACCACCGAACUGACCACAAUUGAUCCGCAUUUGAAAAUUUAUCACGACUGCAAUGAUGGCGCUCAACCAUGCCAAAGACGAUGGAAAUUCGAGCUUCCGAAUCGUUACAUCCUCUCUGGAAAAAAUAAUCAGAGAACACUGGAUAUUGGCACAUGGAAUCUUGAAGCUAUUCUUCCAGGAGAAAGUCGAGACUGUCAUCAUUAA